GCAUAUCAUAAACGCUACUUGACAACAGUCGACCCGGCCGAAGUCAUCGGGACUGUAGAAAGACUUUACCGCCGCUGCUGCCGCUGACUCCCUCCAGUCUGGGUUUCAAAGGAUACUUUAACGAAACCACACUCAAGUUUGUGGAGGAUUCACCGGAUUUGAAGGGUGGUGGAUUGUCGCGGUACUUUGUCCUCUCAGCGGAUCCUCAGUCUGCUCGUUCCCCCGCUGCUGGCGGCUAGCAUCGGAUACUGCUGCUCAACAUGGUGGCCUGUAGGCAAGGAGACGGAGAAGGAACCAGCACAGUUUGGGGGUUUUAGCGGAUCCAGACGGGACUCCUGUGGACUGUGGAGGAUUAUAACUCACUUUAAAAGUCUUCACAAGGCCUCGUUGAAGUUUUACCUCCGGGGAAAGUUGUCAAACAGCGCUCACAAGUGGAUAAAAUAACAACACUAUUGAGUGUUUAUAUUCCGGAUGAGUUCACAUUGGAAUGAAUUGGGGCACAAGUGCAGCUCAUUGGGACUGUUUCACCCUCAGAUAGUCUCUGAUCACUCCUCCCCUCUGAGCUGGGAUUCACUCUUAAUCUGUGGAUUAUUAUGAAUUGAGAUUAUUAGGGGAAGGGAUUGAUACCAUUCCCUUUAUGUUGUCCUAUGAUAUGAAAACACCACGAUAUUACUGUCAUGAUAUCUGACCAAUGAAGAAGGUGGGGUGCUGGAUUAAUGUCAUGAAGUUGUAAACCAAACAGAAAGGAGGUUCUGUUUAAGAGUAGUGUUAAUUAAUACUUGUUGCCAGUGAUACAAUAAUCAUAUUGUAUUGAUCAGAUAUUUUGUCCCACCCCUAAUUUAUCACUAUGGCCUAAUCCAGACUGUGCUGCAUGCACCAGGGAUUACAGUGGGACUAUCUGCUGGUUCUGAUGAUGAUGAUGAUGAUGAUGAUGAGAGAGAAAAGCGAUGGUUUCUCUUCGUUGUGAUUUUGAGUAGAGAGGAGUUAAUUACAUGGAGACUCGCCUGACAUGCCAAGGAAGGAGUUGCCACUACCUGAGGGUUGGGAGGAAGCCAGAGACUUUGAUGGCAAAGUCUACUACAUUGACCACAUUAAGCAGUGCACGAGCUGGAUCGACCCCAGAGACAGGCAGACCAAGCCUCUGACGUUUGCUGACUGCAUCGGGGAUGAGCUGCCGAUCGGCUGGGAGGAGGCGUACGACCCCCAGGUUGGAGCGUACUAUGUCGACCAUAACACCAAGAGCACCCAGCUGGAGGACCCGCGGGCGCAGUGGCAGCGGGAGCAGGAGGCCAUGCUGCGGGACUACCUGGCGGUGGCCAGCGACGCCCUCAGUGCCCAGAAGGAGAUCUAUCAGGUGAAGGAGCAGAGGCUCCGCCUGGCGCAGCAGGAGUACCGGCAGCUUAACGACGCAUGGAGGGACAAGUCCACGUCUCAGACCAGCUUGAAUUCAAGAUCCUCCUCAUCCAGCAAGUACGACCCCGACAUCCUCAAAGCAGAGAUCACCACGGCCAAAAGUCGGGUGAACAAACUGAAGCGGGAUCUGGCCUGCAUGAAGCAGGAGCUGCUCUACAAAGAACAAGGCUUUGAGACCCUGAAAGAGAUCGACCAGAAGGUGUCCAACAGCCCGUACGGGUACAAGCUGCAGGAGGCGCAGGCCAUACUCAGCGAGGUCCGCUCCAUCCGAGACGCCAUCAACUCUGGGGAGAAGGAGAAACAGGAGCUCAUGCAGAAACUGGCCGUGUUGAAGGACGGGUUCCAGCUGGACUCUGGCUCCCAGCAGGAGCUGUGGGGCAGCAGUCCUUCGCUUGCAAAUUCUGAGCUGUCCAUCCCUCGACUCUACUCGGACGCCGGAUCCCAGACCGACAUCCCUGCUGAGUUCAUGACGAGCACCAACAAACUGGCCGAGAAGGUCCGACUGAGUCUGAAGUACGAGGAGGCAAAGAGGAGGAUCGCCACCAUCGAGGUUCAAAUUGCCAAACUGGACAGCGAGGCAUGGCCGGGGCUGCUGGACCCGGAGAGAGACCGUCUCAUCCUCAUCAACGAGAAGGAGGAGCUGCUGAAGGAGCUGCAGUACGUCAGCCCGCGCCAACGCCUGGAGCCCAACGACGCCGAGAAGCUGGAGUCUGAGAAGAAACGCCUGGAGAGAGACCUGCAGGCUGCCAGAGACAACCAGAGCAAGGCUCUGACCGAGAGGCUGCGACUUCACUGUAAGAGGAACAAACUGGUCAGAGAGCUGGAGGAGAUGGUCCGACUCGCCACGUCGCUACACUCUCAACUGAAAAGUCUGUCAGCGAGCACUCUGUCCUGCUCGUCCGGCAGCAGUCGAGGCUCUCUGACUUCCAGCCGCGGCUCUCUGGCCACCACCUCCAGCAUGGGCUCCACCUCCUCCCUCAGCUUCACAGACCUGUACCUGGAGCAGCCCGAGUUGGCCGACCCAGACUUCCAGAACAAGCUGGACAGCCUCCUGCAGGAGGGCGGCCAGGCAGGCUACCGGCCCUCCAGCUCCAUCACCACCAUCCACGAACACGAGGUGGUGACGGGCAGCGGGGGGAGGGACGCUGGGAGGCCCGAGGGAAAAGCAGGAGAUGCUGCUGGAGGAGGGGCAGGAGGAGGUGUUGGAGCGGAAACGGGGUCGUCCAGGAUCCAGGCGCUCAGACUGUCAGAGACUCCUCGCUCCAUGAGCUCCUUAUCCCCGCGCUCCUCUCUCUCCUCGCUGUCCCCGCCCUGCUCGCCGCUUGUCACAGACACUAGUUUCCUGUCAGGAGAAACGUUUGCAGGUCAGAUGGGACCUGGAGGGUUGAGUCUGGAUCUGGAGCUCCAAAACAGGCUGGCAGAACUGGAGCUCAGCUUGGACUCUCAGGAGGAGCGGCAAGCGGAGCAGGGGGGUCACAGGGGGCUGGGGGAGAAGCAGAACCACAACACAACGCUUGGCGAGGAGGUCAAAGACUCGGCCCCACAGCUGCGAGGGACGGGGGCGGGGCCAAAGAAGAUCGGUGUGACAUCAGCGGUGUCUGACGAGUCGGUGGCUGGAGACAGCGGAGUGUACGAACCUUCAGAGCGCAGACCGGGUCUCCCUGCAGACCUCCUCCUCGGCUCUUACGAAGAGAGGCUGGCGCUCGGCUGCUCUCAGGUGCAGCUCGGUUUCCGCUACGAGUCCAGAGACCAACGUUUCACCAUCUUCGUCAUGCAGCUGUCCAACUGCAGCGCCCUCUGUCUGCCGGCUGACCAGAAAAUGUACGUGCGUGUAGCGGUGCUGCCCUGCGUGGAGACGAUCCGCUGCCUCUUCCGAACACGCGGCUCUCUGCCACAGGACAUCGUGGAGAUCAACGAGGUGUUCGGUAUGCAGAUAUCCCAGAGUGCACUGCGGCAAAAGACGCUGAGGGUGGACGUAUGCAACACUAGGAAGUCUGGCCACGAGGACUGUUUGGCGGGAGCUCAGAUCAGUCUGGCUGACGUCAGCUGCUCCGAGGAGAGAUACACCAAGUGGUACAACCUGCUGAGUCGAGCCUACAUGCCUGAAAUCUCCAACAAGGACAAAGAGACCCGAGCAGCUGGCAACUCUGACAGGACUGCAGUGAUUUCUGCUGUUUCUGGAGUGGGAGCUCAUGAAGAUGAUGAAUGGCACGGCGAACUUUUGGAGGCAGACGUGUUUGAUGAUGAAGACGGAAACGGAGAGGAAGGUGAAGGGCCUCUGGAGGAAGAGGAGGGGUUUUAUCCUGAAGGCAGUCAAUGGGAGGCAGAAGAGGAGGAAGAGGAGCAAGUAACCAAACCUCUUCAUCUGGCAGCAGCAGCAUCAGCAAUCACAGAGAAGGUGAACAAGGAGACGAGCACCGAUGGCUCAUCGUCGUCCCACCACUCGGUGGUUCGACCGAAGGAACGCCGCCAUGACGUCCGGCAGCAGAACCCGUUCAUGAGGGGGAACACCAUCAUCCGCUCCAAGACCUUCUCCCCCGGACCUCAGAGCCAGUACAUCUGCAGGAUAAACCGCAGUGACAGCGACAGCUCCACACUCUCCAAGAAGUCUCCAUUUGUGAGGAACGCCUCCGAGCGACGCAGCAUGCGCAUGAAAAAGCCUCCCAUGCAGGUCAAAGGCUUGGACGGUCUGCUGCGGACCUCCCUGGACCUGGAGCUGGACCUGCAGGUGUCUCGGACUCGGCAGGCCCGGCUGGAUCAGGAGCUGAAGGUGCUGAGGGAGCUAAAGACGCAGCUGGAGAAGGCGAGGCAGCAGGGCCAGAGAGAGCUGCCGACCUGGGUUCAAGAAGAUGAACGCUUCCGCUUGCUGCUCAAGCAGGCUGAGAAGCAGACCCAGGAGGAGCAACUACAGGAGAAGCGGGUGGAGAAGAUGAUGAGAGCAGCAGCAAAAGACGUCCACAAGAUCAGGGGUCAGAGCCGCAAAGAGGUCCCCGAAGUCCAGACCUUCAGAGAGAAGAUGGCAUUCUUCACACGAGCAAAGAGCAGCAUCCCCGAUCUGCCGGCUGACGACGUGUAGAGAAUCAUUUCAAAGUAUUUCCUCCUCCUGAGUCUUAAUCUGCUGUUCCGACACAAAUGAAGCAAACGCUCUGCGGUGAUAUGAAGAAUUUAAAAUGAAUAAUAAUGUGCUUAGUAGAAAAGAGAAACACUCAAACCAUGAAGAAACACAUUUUUAAAGAGCUCAGCAUUUCUAAUGUGGAUAGUCUUUGUAAAUUAGUGCUAGCACUGCUUAGAGCUUCUCUUUUUAUGAUUUCACUCUUCUCUCUCUGUUUAUUUGUUGUCUUUCUGUUACUAACAGGCUGUUCAUAGGCUCUUAGAUGUUUCAGAUCAUUCCAGCACAAAGUCACAUAUGUGCAUACACGUUUUUAUUGUACUGAAAAUACACAUUUGGACUAAAAACUAUAAAUAUGUAUCUAUGUCAAUGGCACAAUACAACAUCCUACGAUGGUACUGAAGCAGAAUAAGCAACAAAAAGCAAAUAUAAUGUAAAAAGAGUGUCAGUGUGUUUUUUUUAAAGAACAUUUUAAAACUUUAUACGCAGAAACUGAAGCACACACAAACAUCAUCAGCAUGCCUCCUGUCUUCACUUCAUUACUACGCAGGAGGAAAGCUGGAGUCGUGGUUACAAACAGCACUAAAUUAACUGGAACUGACGAGUCCGGAGGGGUCAGAGGUCACAGUGUUUUGAUUCUGAAGUCAUCAGGACGGUCUCUCACUGAUAAACACACACAUCUUCAGCAUAAUGUAGAAACAGCACUAACUCUCACUAACACUCAGGUAGUUAUCGGAUAGUCUGCACUUUAAGAAACUCGAGGUAAAAGUUAAAGACAGAAUAUAGUCUGCCUUAUGCUGGAAUGAUCGAUGAUUGUGGAGGCACAUGAUGAUUGUGUAAACACACUCACAGGAACUGAAGAAAAAUGUAUUUUCCUGACUGUGAACUGAUUGUAUGACUUAAUCCCAGCCCUCACUCUAAACUGAACAGCAGCUGCCAACCAAUUAGAAGAAAGCACACCUCUGAGCAGCUGGUUAAGAUAUUCUCUGCCCUGCUGACAUCUUAACGCCACGUUCGGUCUGGUUUUACUUCAUGUUUCCCUUUCCCUCUGUGUCUGCACUGUAACUGGAUAUUUUGAGUACAUAUCUGAGUCGCUGUCAUAUCUUCUAAACUGUGGACUGGACAUUUUUACAACAUCUUAUUCUACAAUCUUACGUUUCCAAAUGAAACCAGAAGCCCAUUUUUCUAAACACAGAAACCUGUUAUUCUGAAAACCCUGGUCGUCCAAUAACUGUCUUUAGGGUUGGAUCUGUGACUAGUUAUGGAUGACGGUCUGGAGGGUUAGCAUGAAAGUGACACCCCAAACUUGGACACUGUCAUUGGCUAUUGCUUUGUCAGAGGUUGGACUUCAGGAAAACACUAUCAGAGCUGUGUUUGGAGAAACAAAAAGCCUGCACUCACACAUCAUUUAGCUCCUAAGUUUUACUACUGGAUGCCUUUCAGAUCUCAGCUGUUACCUGAGCCAUUCAAGGCUCAAAAAUUACACUGAUGCCGCCUCGUAUUGUUGUUGGACACAAAUUCAGAUGUUGUAAUCUGAUCAGGUUAAAGUAGUUUUCACUUCCUUUCACUGAACCUCUCUAAAGUCCUGUUCAGAGUCCUGCUUCCUAGUUUGAAAACCUCCUCUUUCUGCCAACGAGGGUCCUCAAAUCAAUAUAAGCAUGUGUUUGGAUGCUAUCAGGGGAAUCAUCUCAGUCAUGUUCGGACUCUCAGGGUUUCGUAGUAACAGGUUUCUGUUGAUAGAGAAAAGAGCGUUCAGACCGGUGGUCAUCUUCUGGCUCAUUGUGAAAUGUUUAAACACUGUCGGUGUGGAUUGGCUGUCGAACUGACGGCGUGGCGCUCUGUAAACUGGACAUUCUGAAUCUGUCGCGUCAUGUUAGCAACGUGACCCAGCAAAAACUCAAGUCUUUCAAACGGCAUUUAUUCCCAUUUUUAAAGUAUAGGGAAGAGGCUUCCUUGGGUGAUGAAGCCACAGAGGAUCAUCAUGUCUCCCUCUCGGCUCGGUGGAGCUUUAUCGUCUCUCAGAUGCAUUUAGUAUCACUGUUUAGUUUCCCUUUUCCUCUUGUCCUGUUAUUUGUUGAUUUUGCCUCCACAUGCUGAUGUAAAAGAUUUGUUCAGCAGCAAAUAGUGAACAAUGUUUCACUGAACAUGUGUGUAGAAGUCAGUUAUCUGUAUGCGGUUUAUCUCAGCUCAUAAAGACCCACUGACGUCUGACUUUGUUUCCAGGGAAACUCUGCUUUAGAAAUGAGCAGGAAACCUUGAAUGUGUCUUGUCUGUUGCUGACUGUCUCUUUGUGUAUUUGUACCUGGAUGUCAGGUAGCUGUCAUUGGCGUUGUCCUUGGUGCCAUCAUGCAUAUACCUGCAUUCCUCCCUGAGACUCACAUAGCUGUUCAGACAAGCCGUCUUUGGUUCUAAAUGUAAUAUUUACGCAAACACCAAAUAACAAAUAACUACAGAACACAUGAAGAAGAAUGGCGUUGUGUGGAGCUGUUGGGAUGUUUUUCUUAGUAUUUAAUUACCGACUGCUUUUUUGGGACUGUUGUUCCCUGUAUUUAGCCGUAUUAAGGCUACAGAAUCUAAGAGAAAAUGGCAGAUAAGAAAGGAGAUUUGUAUUUAUGUCGACUGAAAGGGGCAAAAUCUUCUGAUUGAAAUGAUCACUACGUCUGAAGAAUGUAACAACACCGGAAAACAAAAGGUUAAGACAUAGACUGAACUUCACUUUGUAAUAUUGAAGGUGGAAUUUUUGCCUGCUGCCCCUAAAACACCCAACUGACUGCAACAAGUCAAUCAUGUUUUUCUGAGACACAAGUGAAGAAGAAGAAGAAGAAGAAGAAGAAGAAGAAGAAGAAGAAGAAGUAGACAGGAUGGCAGAACUGGGACAUCCAUCCAAAAGUUUUUUGAAUUACACCCACUCCACACAAAAUCCAACACAUUUUGAACAUCUAGAUUAAAAACAAGUCUUUGUUUUGGUACUCUAAAUCACAGAAACUCUCUCGGCAGUCAACAGUGAGACGAACAUCUGAGACAAAUAAUAACAAGCAGGAAAAUAAAAGAAGAAAAGAUAGAAAUGAGCUCAGACGCUCUCUGGAUGAGCAAUGAAUCACAGGGAAAAUAGAUAAAGAGAGACAAAGCUGUAGAGCAGGAUAUCAAACAAGGAAGAAGAUAUGAACACAAUAAUCAAGCGUCUAAGUCGUCCGAGGGUCUGUUAGGGAUGCCAGUGUGACUUAAACCUGCAUUCUAUCUAAUGACCAGCAGGGGGAGACAGUGCUAGAGAAAAGAGAAAAUAUGAGCCUGCCUCUGACUUGAUUUGGUGCCUGUAAUAUCCACUGAAAUUAUGGUCUCAGUCUUUUAAUUCAAGUCUUCUUCAGCAUGAUGAUUUUCUGGAUUAUGGUUUGGUUCAGAGUCAGAUUGUAGAAACAUUAGGGAAUGAUUUGUGGCUCUCCCUUCUCUAAGUGCGGUCUCUUUUGGUGGUAAGAUAACCAAGUUAGAUGAAAUUGAAGCUACAUAAUCCAUCAGUCACUCUGAAUGUGGUCUUUGUUUAGUCCUGAUGAUGGGGGAAGUUCAAGCUGCUGUAUUAAAAACACUGACUCAGUUUUUUGGUCUUUGGGGUCUGGACUGUUUCAGCAGUUUUUGACGUUUUGCUGGGUCAUCAUGCUAGAUGUGUCUUUUGGUAGUUUUGCUGCUUUCCAUCAAAUCAUCUUCACAUGGAACAAACCCGUCUUACAUCCUGUUUCCUUCAAUACGUAAACACAAACGUAGCUGAUGCUGCCAUUCCAGAUGAUCCUCUGUUGAGUCUUUUUGGCCUUCGUGGUGUGUGAAUCAUGAGUUGCCUUUCUUGUGUACAGUCUUACUCGUCAGAUGUGUUUUUCUUUCUGCACCUCUAGUUCUCCUCUGAAAGUUCCAUCGACUCAAACCCAGCCUUGUUUUGUGACUCUGACAUCCUGUACAAAUCAAAUCCCUCACAGAAAGAAAGAUAGUCCCAACACGUUCAGGUAGGAACAUUUUGCACAAGUGUCUUUAAGAAUAUAUAUCCCACGAAAAACAGAAAGAUCUCCUCCCCUGUGUGAGAAGGAAAUCAGAAGGAGAAAGUUGAUGAAAAGCUGAGAGGAUGUGAACACUGAAGCUGCGUUCACACUGCAGGAAGGAAACACUCUAUCUGCACAGAAACAGAUCUUAUUAAAUAUCAUGUAUCAUCUGAAUAUUUACUAGUUACCUGGAUCAGUACCAAAGACUUAAACACUCGGUCCUACUUAGUUUUCUGUUUGCCAAACUGCUUCAAAUAAUGAUGAAGAUGAAGUUUAAAGAUGAAUCUACAGAAAAGAAAAUCUGACUGUACUCACCCUGGGUUAUAUAAUAAUGAGACUGGGGGGGUCUCAUGUUGACGUACAACUUCAGCUGAAACCAAUUCCUCAUUUCAAGAAUCUCAGACCCACACACUAACGUUAGUGUAAAUUGACCCUCUAAUAGGCAUUUUUCAGUGCUUUACUCUGCUGCCAUCAGAAAGCCCAUUAGUGUUAUUAUGGACCAACAAGCCAUCAUUCUGGAUGAUAUCUUGACUGAAUGACUGUUUCAGGCUGUACUGUUUAGUUUUUGUCCAGGUAGAGUGCCGUAGGUUAGUUUAGAGAGCAGGGGUUCCCAAAGUGGGGGGUCGCAACAUAUCAAUUGGGGUUCAGGAGAUAUCUUCAUAUUUUUGCCAUUGUUAUAAAAAAUCAACAAAAAUAGCAAUUCAAUUUGAAAUAAAACCUUGCAAAUACAAUUGUUUUCAUUCGUAUAUUACUUAAUGUGGUCCUUGUCCCAGGCUGAAAAGUUUGGGAACCCCUGGUUUAAAGGAGUGAUAUUAAACACUUCUUUGUUAGAGUCCAUAUUGUCUCUAAAGAGAAAAGACUGGAAGUUCAUCAACACACAAAAGUUAGAAGAACAACUUCCCAAACCCGAAACAUGGGCCAUACCAGAGGUCGUAACAGCAGCCUGGUCACUGCUCAAGAUCUCCCAGACUAUUUAACAUUUGUAGAAACUUUUGAUUUGUGCCGCAGUCCGUGUUUUUGCGUCCUCCUGCAGUGUGAAAGCAGCUGUGUGCUCGGUCAGGUCUGAGGGUUUGCGUGCAGCAGGAACACUGAAAAAUGACAGAAAGCCUUUAGAGACGUGUAAGAGAGCGUGCCUUUGGAGAGAAACACUUUUCGUUUUCUGUCUUUGUGUUCUGUCCAAACGUGGACACCAUGGUUUGAUCUGAGAGACUGUAAAUGUAGAGAAAUGUUCAGUUAUUUUUUUUCCUACACUGUAGAAUGAAACUGUGUUAGUCUGAGGAAACACUCGACCGAAUGUUGUUUAACCUCUAAAUCAAAUAAAGACAUUUACACGUAACAUCUGGAUGAAGGAAUGUAGAUUUGCGCUCCGAUAAAUCACGAUCAUUCAGAGAAAACUCAAAUGCUGUUAAACAUGAAUCUUUUUUUUUUUCAUCAUGUAGGUUGUGAUAUAAUUCUUGUUUGUUUUUUUGAAGUUAAAGUGCAUUUUAUUUUCCUCAUUUGAUUGUUUUCUAAUGAAUCUGUUUGUAUUACGACCGUUGAUGAACCUGGUGAUGUGUAUGGAGGCGGCUAUGAGAAACAUACAGCAUGUAUUUAUUGCACUUUGUGAUUUGGGUGUGCUUUUCCUGUUUUUAUUUUUAUUUUUUUAUUUUUAUCGCGAGAGUCCCGAAAAGCUGUGAAUUUUAUUCUCAGACACUGUACUGUCGACCAGAGUUGUAAAUAUUUCACCAGCACAAAAAAAGACGAUAUGUUUUGUAGUUUCACAACAAAUAAAAAAGUUCUUCUCUUCUAA